UCUAAAUAUAUUCACACAAUAGCAGUUCUUCCAUCUCUUAUAUAAACACAAGCACCCGUUUCUUUUGUCACUCCUCUUCUUCAUCUACCACCCCUACAAAACAUUUCCAGCUCCAAAAUUUUGGCCCAAAUUACGAUAUGGUCCUGGCAAGCCUAGCUCCUAGUAGCGCCGAAAAGAUUCGAGACAUGGAGCUUCCAAUAAUUAAUUUUUCGGACAAAAGAUCAGACGUGUCCAAGAUGAUUGUGAAGGCUAGUGAAGAAUUCGGUUUCUUUAAGGUGAUUAAUCAUGGCGUGUCUGAAGAUAUCAUAAGGAACUUGGAAGUCGAGUGUUUCGAGUUUUUCGGGAAGACGGCACCGGAAAAACAGAAAGCUGGUCCUGCGAAUCCGUAUGGUUAUGGGAGCAAGAAUAUAGGGUUUAAUGGAGACAGUGGAGAGGUUGAAUAUCUUAUUAUGGAUACUAAAAAUCCUCUAAGUAUUGCUUCUGCUGAGCCAACAAGAUUCAGCUGUGCUGUAAGAGUAUAUGUGGAAGCUGUUAGGAGGGUGGGGUGUGAAGUAUUGGAAAUGAUGGCAGAAGGAUUGGGGGUCCCAGACACCUCAGUUUUCAGCAGCCUAAUCACACACGUUGACAACGACUCUCUUCUCAGGCUCAAUCACUAUCCCCCUCUUCUCCCUCCUCAUCAUUUUCAUACCAAUAAUCUCACCCAUUAUGACACGUCAUCUGCCCCCUCAUUUCCUCAACAACUCAACGCCGGUAAGAACAAUAGGAUUGGGUUUGGAGAGCAUACGGACCCUCAGAUCUUGACCAUCUUGAGAUCCAACGGCGUGGCUGGCCUCCAAAUCUCCCUAGGUGACGGGGUGUGGGUCCCCAUAUCCCCUGACCCCACUGCGCUCUGUGUUAAUGUGGGUGAUGUCUUGCAGGCCAUGACAAAUGGAAGGUUUGUUAGUGUGAUACACAGAGCCAUGGCCAAUUCAGACAAGGCAAGAAUGUCGAUGGCCUAUUUUUGUGCUCCUCCCUUCCAUGCAAAGAUCGCUUGUCCGAAAGAACUGGUCACACUGGAGAGGCCUAAUCUCUACAAGCCUUUCACUUGGGCUGAAUAUAAGAAAGUUGUGUACUCUCUGCGCCUCGGAGACAGCCGUCUUAAGCUUUUUAAAUUGCAGUCCGAUGAUGAAACCAGGGAUUAGGGCAAGGGUAAGCUAGUUUUUAGGAUGUUAACUAUGUUUUUAAGUAAGACGAGAUGGGCAAUUUUGGUUAUAUUUACGGCCCUGCUAUGGAGGAGUAUGAUUUGCGUGUUGAACAUCAUCAGUACGGAGUUUCUUUUGUUGUAAUGAAAAACUCUGGUUUCAUUUUAAUGUUUUUUUAAAUUGCGACC